AUGGAUGCUCGCCGCGUGCUGCAAAAGGAUCACAGAGUAAAGCCGAACUUCAAGAAAUUCAGCUAUGUGAAGUUGAUUUCCAUGGAAACCUCGUCAUCCUCUGAUGACAGUUGUGACAGCUUUGCUUCUGAUAAUUUUGCAAACACAAAACCUAAAUUCAGGUCAGAUAUCAGUGAAGAACUGGCAAAUGUUUUUUAUGAGGACUCUGAUAAUGAAUCUUUCUGCGGCUUCUCAGAAAGUGAGGUGCAAGAUGUGUUAGACCAUUGUGGAUUUUUACAGAAACCAAGGCCAGAUGUCACUAACAAACUGGCCAGUAUUUUUCACGCCGACUCUGACGAUGAAUCCUUUUGCGGUUUCUCAGAGAGUGAGAUACAAGAUGGAAUGCGAUUACAGUCAGACCAUGCCGGCUGCCGGACCCGCAGUCAGAGCAGACGGUCCGGGCCUCUCCGGGUGGCCAUGAAGUUUCCAGCUCGAAAUACCAGGGGCGCAGCCAGCAAAAGAGCAGCAGCUCCUGCGCCCCCAGAGAAAUCUGUGACGGAUUCCAACUCUGAUUCAGAAGAUGAAAAUGGCAUGAAUUUUUUGGAGAAAAGGGCUUUAAAUAUAAAGCAAAACAAAGCAAUGCUUGCAAAGCUGAUGGCGGAAUUAGAAAGUUUCCCUGGCUCGUUCCCUGGCCGGCAUUCCCUCCCAGGCCCCAGAUCACAAUCAAAGACACCCCGAAGGCGCACAUUCCCAGGGGUUACUUCCAGGAGAAACCCCGAUCGGAGAGCACGGCCUCUUACCCGGUCAAGGUCCCGGAUCCUUGGGUCCCGUGGCGCUCUACCCGCGGAGCAGGAGGAGGAGGAAGAGGAGGAGGAUAAGUACAUGCUGGUGAGAAAGAGGAAGACCAUGGACGGCUACAUGAACGAUGAUGACGUGCCCAGAGGUCGUCGUCCCGGAUCCAUGACCCUUCCGCACGUCAUUCGCCCGGUGGAGGAAAUCACAGAGGACGAGCUGGAGAACAUCUGCAACAAUUCUCGAGAGAAGAUAUAUAGCCGCUCAUUGGGGUCUACUUGCCAUCAGUGCCGCCAGAAAACCAUCGAUACCAAAACAAACUGCAGAAACCCAGAGUGCUGGGGCGUUCGGGGCCAGUUCUGCGGUCCCUGCCUUCGAAACCGCUACGGCGAAGAGGUCAAGGACGCCCUGCUGGAUCCAAACUGGCAUUGCCCGCCUUGUCGAAGAAUCUGCAAUUGCAGUUUCUGUCGUCAGCGAGAUGGGCGGUGUGCGACUGGGGUCCUUGUGUACCUAGCCAAAUACCAUGGCUUUGGGAAUGUGCACGCUUACUUGAAAAGUCUGAAGCAGGAGUUUGAGAUGCAAGCAUAGUAUUUGGAAGAUCCACUACCUGCCUUCCACCGCGCCCGUCUUCCUUGUUAAAGUUUUCAGUGUUGUCACGCGGUUGAAACCUGAGUUAAGAAUUCUGUUGAUCAGUUUGUUUUGUAGGAAACUCAAAUCAAGUUAAUCUCAUCGGACGUGUUUCCCAGCAUCACGGAGGCAUGUUUCCAGCUGUGCUCUGCCCUCUUGCCAUUUCUUUGCUUUCUCCUGCCCCUCUCCCCACACCACCCCCCUCUAUUUACAGUGGGUCUCUCUCACCCUCUAGUUUCUGAAUUCUUUGAAAACGACAGUUUUAUGAAAGCAUGUUUGAUUUAAUCGGUGUUGAAAUAGCCCUGGAAUCCACCUAUGAAACCAAGCACUUAGAAAUGCAGUGGUGGUGUUAACUAAUUACAUCUAUUGAGACCAGCCCGCUAACUUGUUUACACAAAAACAAUGGGCAUAAUUGUCACACUAGUUGACAUUUCUUACAAAAUCAAGGCCCAAAAGUCUUAAAACCAUAGGGAGGGAUGAGGUAAUUGUUGGAAAGUGGGGUGGGUAUGUUACUUUGGACGCCUCUCAUGAGAAUAUUCCAUUAUGGUGCUUAUUAUACAAGUAGUCACCGCUGGGACUUAGUAGCUGAUUUUUUCCACCAUGAGGUUGGGUGGUACAUCGGGCUCAAACUGGCACAAUCCAAAGAAUUGUGGGCAGUGCUAUAUUCGCAGUCAUUAUAGAAAAGACAUCCUAGGGAAUUAGUAUGAAAUAGUGUGGUUUGAAUUCAUGAUAUAACCUUCAGUAUAAUGGUAGCUUGCCAAGUUUUUUUUUCAUUUCAUAAAUGUAAGGCAUUUCAAAUUCUUGAUCAUUUUGCAUGGAAAAUUGAUACUAAUAUUAGCAUACAAUUUGCAGUUUUUGUUUUCUUGAAGAAAUUUUUUGUUUUCAGACAUAAGGUAGAGGCUUUUACCAAGGAAAGGUAGGCACGAGGUUCGUGUUGAGGUUUCAAGCACUUUUAGAGCAAUGAGAAGUGCCUUUUUGGAGAUGGGUGACUUUCCAGUUUGUUGACUUGACAUCUCUGCCAGUUUAGAUUCUGGGCAGAUUUCAUGUGUCCCCUUCCCCUCCCCCUCCCCUCCCCCAUUUUUUUGCAUUAAUCACUUGGUAGAGGUGGGGUCUGAGUGUUGUCCUUUUCCCUUUGCAUGUGCAGCCUGUUGCUGUGUCCUUUCAGUGAUGCAUACGUGGACCUUGAAUCAAUAAAUGUAAAUAGAGCUUUUGAUCUGUAAUGCUUUUAUAUAAAGUUUUUAUUUUGAUAAUAAAACAUUUUGUUCUA